AGGGGCGUUUUGAGACCAGAACUCCCCGGAUCUGCAGUGCCUGAGCUCCCUCCCCUUCUCUCAGAACAAGCUCCAGAGCCACCUGGAGCCGCUCCGGAAGCAGCUGGACGCGGUGCUGAAGCAGAAAUCCAGCGAAGAAGAGAAAAUCUCGGUGCUGAGGGAGCAGAUGCAGGUGGAGAUGCAGGAGCUGGAGGCGGAUUUCGAGGUGCUGCACCGGUUCCUGGCGGGGGAGCAGGUGCUGCUGCUGCAGCAGCUGCAGGAGCGGCACGAGGCGCUGCUGGCGCGGCAGCGCCGCAACCUGGGAGCGCUGGAGGAGCGGAGCUCGGCGCUGCGCCGCCUCAUCGCCGACGCCGAGGCCGCCGGCAGGCAGGACGGGCUCCAGCUGCUCAAGGACAUCAAAGGAACCUUCAUCAGGUGUGAGAACAUCAAAUUCCAGGAGCCCGAGAUGGUCCCGGUGGAUGUGGGGAAGAAGUUCCGGAAUUGUUUCCUGCAGGAUGUGGUGAUGAGAAAGAUGGAAAAGGUCUUCAGCAAAGUGCCCCAAGCCGACGUGACCCUGGACCCCUCCACGGCCCACCCGCGGCUCAGCCUGUCCCUGGACCGGCGCAGCGUCCGAUUGUCCGAGCGGCGCCAGGAGCCCGCGGGCAGCGCCCGGCGCUCGGACGGCGACCUGUGCGUGCUGGGAGCGCCCGGUUUCAGCGCCGGUCGCCACUACUGGGAGGUGGAGGUGGGCGGCCGGCGCGGCUGGGCCGUGGGGGCCGCCCGUGAGACCACCCGGCACCGGCACAAGGGCGCGUCCGGCUGCUCCUCCCCGGCGCCCAAGCGGGAGAUCUGGGCCGUGGGCACCAGCGGCAAGAAGUACCAGGCGCUGACGGCCACGGAGCAGACGGCGCUGGCGCCCGGCGAGCAGCCGCGGCGCUUCGGGGUCUACCUGGACUACGAGCGGGGCCAGCUGUGCUUCUACAACGCCGAGAGCAUGAGCCACAUCCACACCUUCCACAUCUGCUGCCGCGAGCGCGUCUUCCCCUUCUUCCGCAUCCUGGCCAAGGGCACCCGCAUCAAGAUCUGCACCUGACGGCCCCGGGCUGCCCCCGCGGGCCCAGGGGCUGCUGCCCUCGGCUUCCUGCGCCCCCGAGGUUCCUCCUCCUCCUCCUCCUCUUCCUCCUCCUCCUCCUCCCGCUGCUGCUCCGCCCGCGCCGCGCGGAGCCGGGGCGGCUCAGGAUGGGGAGCGGGUUCGGGAUGGGGCAAGAUCCACCUCGGAACUGGGUUUGGGUAGGAACGGGCGGAAUUCACCUCGGAACCGAGUUUGGUGUUGGGAUGGGGCAGGGUCUGCCCUCCUGGGACUGGUUUUGGGUUGCACGGGGCGGGAUCCACCCCUUUGGAGCCGGUUUGCAUUUGGAUGGGGCAGGAGCCGCCCCUUCUGGAGGCGAUUUUGGAGUUGGGAUGCAUUCCCCUCGGAUCUGGUUCCCUGUUCAGUUCCUGCCGCUGGGAGCUGCUCCCUCCCUCUCCCAGCCGUGUCCCAAUGGAAUUUUGGGCCCUUUCCGGACCACCGGGAGUUUUUUUCUGCGUUUGGGGCCAAAUCCUCUAAGAUUUGAAACUCACUUUUUUCCCAAAAUCCGCAUUUCUCAGUGCCUGGAUUUUUUGGGAUUCAGCUGAGCCCCCCCCACCCCAGCCCUGAUGUUCCUGUUCUUCCCCUGCUGUUCUCCUGCUCCUCCCCUCCUUUUCCUUGCCAUUUUUGGGGGAAAAUCCUGGAUUUUCCUCUCCCCUCUGGCACUUUACGGGGCUGGGAGGAGCCGCUUCCCCCCCGCAGCUCUGGAGCUCCCCGAGUUGGGGAUAUUUAUUUUCCCCCCUUUUUAUUUCCAGCCGGAUCCUGUCCCACUCGGGAGCUCCCCCCUCACUCCCCCUCACGUUUCCCUGGAUUUUGGUGGAUUUGGGAAUUUCCUGUUGGCGUUACAGAGCUCGUUCGGGAUAUUUUUGGCUAAAAUGAGAAUUAAAUGGAGAUUUAGUUUUAUGACACGUCAAUAAUAAAGAAUAAAAGAAGUUGUA